AACAUCUUAUCCUCAUGUUCAACAAGCCAACAUUGCCAUCUUCUGUUGCAGCAGGAUAUCUCUGUUGCCCAGUUCACCCGUACAUCCCAAACCCGCUGCGUUGCUUUAAAUGCCAGCGGUUUGGACAUUCACAAACAUCUUGCCGUGGAAAAAGUGCAUGCGCUCAGUAUGGAAAAGAAGAUCAUGACAGUACUGAGUGUACAACUACUCCAUGUUGCAUCAACUGCAAAGACGCCCAUCCUGCCUACUCUCGGAAAUGCCCUGCAUGGCAGAGAGAGAAAGAGAUUCAGCGGGUAAAAACUGUAAACAAUUUAUCUUACCCAGAGGCUCGGCGUUUGGUUACUUCAAGUGCUCCUUUGAAAGAAAAGACAUUUGCGGCUGCUGUGAAGUCUACAAAGACACUUGGGGUUCAAACUGAUAUUUCUGUUUCCCCAAAGGAAUCUGUUACUCGCCAUGCAAAAUGUUUAAUACUCCCAUCACAAAAAACACCAGAAAAGGAGAAUACAAGAGUUAAAACACCCCUACCUAAAACAGGGGUAGUAACGAGAAACCUGGGUUCUAAAAAGGCUAGCAAGAACCCACUAAACAAACAGAGUGAAAGCAGCUCUCUCUAAAUGUAAAAAAUCAGAAGCUCACUCUAUGAGUGAGUUUUCUGAUAUCUCUGACGAAGAGACUAAUAUGCAGGUGACAAAACCAACGUCACCCCCAAAAGAAAAACCCCCUGUCAAAUUAA